GUGAGCAGAUGCUUUACACUUUCAGCGAGGCAGGCGGAGGCUGGCGCAGCAUGGACACCCGGGAGAGAGCGAUAAUGAGACAGUGACAGCGCAGGGAAAAGUCUGUUAUGAAAACAGUAAAGCAGUUGGGGAAAAUAUACAAACAAAGCAAAACGUUCGUUUGUAACCAAACAGCAAGUUAUGAAAUAUUGAAAAUAGAACAACGUCGCCAGGAUGAUACAACGUCAGACCCAAUGUGCGGUCUAUUAGCUGGUGACGGAGGAAAGAAACCGGCUGAUGUUUUCCUCGGAACUUCUUGUCUUUCUUCGGGAUUAAAUGUUUCAUUUUAUAAGUAGAUGAAAGGUUUUUCUGUGCGAUGUCUGUUACGAACCCCCAAGAAACUAGGAGGUUCACGCGGGGUUUAAGCAAGCCUGGAACGGCGGCGGAGCUGAGGCAAAGCGUCUCAGAGGUUGUCCGGACGUCCGUGCUUGUUGUGAAGCCCAAGGUGAUCGAGCCGCUGGACUAUGAGAAUGUGCUGGUGCAGAGGAAGACCCAGAUCCUCAGCGAUGUCCUCAGGGACAUGCUGCAGUUCCCCAUGGACGACUUCCUGAUAUCAACACUCCGGCGGCAAGGAAGGACCCUUUAUCCUUCGGUCCCGGAAAAUGCAGAGGAGGUGGCGCAGAGUCUGUUCGUCCAAGAAUGCAUCAAGACUUACAAAUCGGACUGGCACAUUGUUAAUUACAAAUAUGAGGAUUACUCAGGAGACUUCCGCCAGCUUCCAAAUAAGGUGUCCAGGCCGGAUAAACUGGCUGUCCAUGUGUUUGAGGUGGAUGAAGACGUGGAUAAAGAUGAGGACACUGCCUCUCUGGGCUCCCAGAAGGGAGGGAUCAGCAAACAUGGCUGGCUCUACAAAGGCAACAUGAACAGUGCCAUCAGUGUGACCAUGAGGUCCUUCAAGAGGAGAUAUUUCCACCUGACCCAGCUGGUAGAUGGCUCUUACAAUCUCAACUUCUACAAGGAUGAGAAAAUCUCCAAAGAACCUAAAGGAACAAUAUUUCUGGACUCCUGCAUGGGGGUUGUUCAGAACAACAAGGUGCGUCGCUUUGCCUUUGAGCUGAAGAUGCAGGAUAAGAGCACCUACCUGCUGGCGGCCGACAGCGAGGCCGAGAUGGAGGAGUGGAUCAGCACCCUCAACAAGAUCCUCCACACCUGCUUUGAGCUCGCCAUGCAGGAGAAGAGGAACGGGGACCUGCAUGAUGACGAUGAGCUGGGGAAGGCUGACAGCUCCUCUGGGAGUUUAGAGAGUUUUCAGAGCGCGAGAGAUAUUGAAUCGAGAAUAAGGAGUGAGACCAGACUGAAGUUGUUCACCCUGGACCCCGACACACAGAAAUUUGACUUUUCUGGAAUGGAGCCGGAUAUUAAGCAGUUUGAGGAGAAGUUUGGGAAGCGAAUUAUGGUGAACUGCAAUGAUUUGUCCUUCAAUCUGCAAAGCUGUGUGGCUGAAAAUGAAGAGGGGCCAACAACCAACGUGGAGCCGUUUUACGUCACCCUGUCGCUUUUUGACAUCCAGAACAGCAGAAAGAUCUCGGCGGACUUCCGCGUGGACCUGAACCACGCCUCGGUCCGGCAGAUGGUCUCCGGCCACAGCAGCCUGCACAUGAACGGCUGUGGAGACUCCCUGCUUGGGGGGCAGAGGACGGUCAAUGGGCUGCCGGAGGGGCUUCUGCAGUACCCCAGACAGGGAGUGUUCUCGGUGACAUGUCCUCACCCUGACAUAUUCCUAGUGGCUCGAAUUGAGAAGGUGCUGCAAGGGGGAAUAACACACUGCGCUGAACCGUAUAUGAAGAGCUCAGAUGUCACCAAGGCAGCGCAGAAGGUCCUGAAGAACGCCAAACUGGCCUGCAGUCGGUUGGGUCAGUACAGGAUGCCCUUCGCCUGGGCGGCUAGGCCCUUGUUUAAAGACGCAUCGGGGACUCUGGACAAGGCUUCCCGCUUCUCAGCCAUCUACCGGCAGGACAGCAGCAAGCUCUCUAAUGAAGACAUGUUCAAACUGCUGGCGGAUUUCAGAAAGCCAGAAAAAAUGGCUAAACUUCCAGUCGUCUUAGGAAAUCUGGACGUGACCAUCGACACCGUGGCCCCAGACUUGACAAAUUGUGUCACUUCCUCCUACAUUCCCGUGAGGCCCUUUGAGGCCAAUGGCAAGACGAACGUGUUAUUUGAAGUGGAGGAGUUUGUGCCGUGCAUAGCUAAGUGCUCCCAGCCCUUCACCAACUACAACAACCACCUCUAUGUCUACCCCAGACACCUGAAGUACGACAGCCAAAAAUCUUUUGCCAAGGCGAGGAACAUAGCCGUCUGCAUUGAGUUCAAGGACUCUGAUGAUGAGGACGCCCAGCCGCUCAAGUGCAUCUAUGGUAGACCAGGAGGGCCUUUGUUUAUGAAGAAUGCCUUUGCUGCUGUGCUACACCACCAGCAGAACCCAGAGUUCUAUGAUGAGUUCAAGCUGGAGCUUCCCACCCAGAUUACUGAGAAGCACCACCUUCUCUUUACCUUCUUCCACAUCAGCUGUGACAGCACUAGCAAGGGCAGCACCAAGAAGAGGGACCUGGUGGAGACACAAGUGGGGUAUGCUUGGCUCCCCCUGCUGAAGGAUGGCCGGGUGAUCACCAAUGAGCAGCAGAUCCCUGUCGCUGCCAGUCUGCCUGCAGGCUACCUCAGCUGUCAGGAGGGUGUCACCAAGCAUUCUGGACCUGAAAUCAAAUGGGUCGAUGGAGGAAAACCUUUGUUCAAGGUGUCCACCCACCUAGUCUCCACUGUCUACGCUCAGGAUCAACAUUUGCACAAUUUCUUCCAUCACUGUCAGUACACACAGUGUGCCGGGCUGGUGUCGGGAGGGGAGCUGGUGAAGUACCUGAAGAGCCUUCAUGCCAUGGAGAGCCAUGUCAUGAUCAACUUCCUGCCCACUGUCCUCAACCAGCUGUUCUGCGUGCUCACCAGCGCCACCCAGGAGGACGUUGCGGUUAACGUCACCAGGGUCAUGAUUCACAUCGUCUCCCAAUGCCACGAGGAGGGUCUGGAGCACUAUUUGCGUUCAUAUGUGAAGUACGUGUUUAAGACGGAGCCGUUCACCGCUACCACCGUAAAAACUGUGCAUGAGGAGCUGGCCAAAGCCAUGACCGCCAUCCUUAAACCUUCCACAGACUUCCUCACCAGCAACAAGCUGCUCAAGUACUCCUGGUAUUUCUUUGAAGCUCUUGUGAAGUCCAUGGCUCAGUACUUGAUAGAAAGCUGUAAAGUCAAGCUGUCGAGGAACCAGCGUUUCUCUGCCGCCUUCCACCACACUGUGGAGACCCUGGUCAAUAUGCUGAUGCCCCACAUUACGCAGAAGUACAAAGACAACCUGGAUGCAGCCAGGAACGCCAACCAUAGCCUGGCUGUCUUCAUUAAGCGGUGCUUCACUUUCAUGGACAGAGGCUUCAUCUUCAAGCAGAUCAACAACUACAUCAACUGCUUUCUGCCAGGAGACUCCAAGACUCUGUACGAGUUUAAGUUUGAGUUCCUGCGCGUGGUGUGCAACCACGAGCACUACAUUCCACUCAACCUUCCCAUGCCUUUUGGAAAGGGCAGAAUAAUGAGGUUUCAAGAUCUGCAGCUGGACUACUCGCUGACGGACGACUUUUGUAAAAACCACUUCCUGGUAGGGCUCUUGCUCAGGGAGGUGGGCAGCGCCCUGCAGGAGUUCAGAGAGAUCCGCCAAAUCGCCAUCCAGGUGCUGAAGAACCUGAUGGUCAAGCACACAUUUGACGACAGAUACGCCUCUAAGAGCCAACAGGCCAGGCUAGCCACCCUGUAUCUGCCUCUCUUUGGCUUGCUGCAGGAGAACGUGCAAAGGCUCAACGUGAGGGAAGUCUCGCCUUUCACCGUAAAUCAUUCUAAUAAUAAUGGGCGAGACGACUCUUUCUUGGGAAACUCUGUGAUGACUCCACAGAAGCCCGGAGCCAGCUUGGACAACAGCCUGCACAAGGAUGUGUUUGGGGUCAUCUCUGGCACAGCUUCCCCGCACCCCUCCUCCACGCCCAACGUCAACUCUGUGCGCCAUGCCGACUCCCGCGGCUCCCUCAUCAGUACGGACUCCGGGAACAGCCUCCUGGAGAAGAACAGCGAAAAGACCAACUCCCUGGACAAGAACCAGCCCGCCUCAGCGCUGGGGAGCACGCUCCUGCGUUGUGACAAACUGGACCAGGCGGAGAUCAAGAGCCUGCUGAUGUGCUUCCUGCACGUGCUCAAGAGCAUGUCUGAGGAUGCUCUUUUCACAUACUGGAACAAGGCCAGUUCUGCUGAGCUCAUGGACUUUUUCAUCCUCAUAGAGGUGUGUCUCCACCAGUUCAGAUACAUGGGGAAGCGAUACUUUGCCAGGAACCAGGAAGGGGCGGGACCUGUAGCGCAUGAUCGGCGGUCUCUGACUCUGCCCGUGUCCCGUAACAGGGCGGGAAUGAUGCAUGCCCGCUUACAGCAGCUCAGCAGCCUGGAUAACUCUUACACUUUUAACCACACGUACACACACUCGGACGCCGACGUGCUGAACCAGUCGCUGCUAGAAGGGAACAUCGCCACCGAGGUGUGUCUGACCGUGCUGGACACGCUCAGCAUCUUCAUCACAGGAUUCAGGAAUCAGCUGUGUUCGGACCACGGGCACAACCCCCUGAUGAAGAAGGUGUUUGAGGUCCACCUCUGCUUCCUGCAGAUAAACCAGUCAGAGACCGCGCUCAAGCAGGUCUUCACAUCUCUGCGCACCUUCAUCUACAAGUUCCCCUGCACAUUUUUCGAGGGUCGUGCAGACAUGUGCGCCUCCUUCUGCUACGAAAUCCUUAAGUGCUGUAACUCCAAGCUGAGCUCCAUCCGCAACGACGCCGCCCACCUGCUCUACUUCCUCAUGAAGAGCAACUUCGACUACACGGGGCGCAAGUCCUUCGUCCGCACGCACCUGCAGGUGGUGAUAGCGGUCAGCCAGCUGAUAGCGGAUGUCAUCGGAAUCGGAGGAACCCGCUUCCAGCAGUCUCUCUCCAUCAUCAACAACUGUGCCAACAGCGACAAGACCAUCAAGAACACGGCGUUCCCCUCGGACGUGAAGGACCUGACCAAGCGCAUCCGCACGGUGCUGAUGGCCACGGCGCAGAUGAAGGAGCACGAGCGGGACCCCGAGAUGCUGGUGGACCUGCAGUACAGCCUGGCCAAGUCCUACGCCAGCACCCCCGAGCUGCGCAAGACCUGGCUGGACAGCAUGGCCCGCAUCCACGUCAAGAACGGCGACCUGUCUGAGGCAGCAAUGUGCUACGUGCAUGUGGCCGCACUGGUGGCUGAAUACCUGCGAAGAAAAGGCAUGUUCAAGCAAGGCUGCUCAGCCUUCCGUGUGGUCACGCCCAACAUCGAUGAGGAGGUGUCCAUGAUGGAGGACGUAGGCAUGCAGGAUGUGCAUUUUAAUGAGGACGUACUGAUGGAGUUGCUGGAGGAGUGUGCGGACGGACUGUGGAAGGCCGAGCGCUACGAGCUCAUCUCUGACAUCUACAAGUUGAUCAUACCCAUCUACGAGAAGCGCCGAGACUUUGAGAAACUGGCCCACCUAUAUGACACACUGCAUCGUGCCUACAGCAAAGUGACUGAGGUCAUGCACACAGGAAAGAGGAUGCUGGGAACCUACUUCAGAGUGGCAUUCUUUGGCCAGGGUUUCUUUGAGGAUGAAGAUGGGAAAGAGUAUAUCUACAAAGAGCCCAAAUUCACACCCCUGUCCGAGAUUUCCCAACGGCUGCUCAAACUGUACUCUGACAAGUUUGGCCCAGAGAAUGUGAAGAUGAUCCAAGACUCUGGGAAGAUAAACCCAAAGGAUCUGGACUCCAAAUAUGCCUACAUCCAAGUGACACACGUGGUCCCGUUCCUGGAGGAGAGGGAGCUGGCGGACAGGAAGACGGACUUUGAGAAGAGCCACAACAUCCGGCGCUUUGUGUUCGAGAUGCCCUUCACCGUCUCCGGCAAAAAGCAGGGCGGGGUGGAGGAGCAGUGCAAACGGAGGACCAUCCUGACCACCACGCACUGCUUCCCCUACGUGAAGAAGCGCAUCGCCGUCAUGUACCAGCACCACACUGACCUGAACCCCAUCGAAGUGGCCAUCGACGAGAUGAGCAAGAAGGUGGCGGAGCUGCGGCAGCUCUGCUCCGCCAGCGAGGUGGACAUGAUCCGCCUGCAGCUCAAACUGCAGGGCAGCAUCAGCGUGCAGGUAAAUGCUGGCCCGCUUGCUUAUGCCAGGGCUUUCCUGGACGAUGCCAACGCCAAGAAGUACGCCGACAACAAGGUCAAACAGCUGAAGGAGGUCUUCAGGCAAUUUGUGGAAGCCUCUGGCCAAGGUUUGAGCAUCAACGAGAGGCUGAUUAAAGAGGACCAGCAGGAGUACCACGACGAGAUGAAGGCCAACUACAGGGACCUGGCCAGAGAGCUCUCUUCCAUUAUGCACGAGCCGAUUAUCCCAGUGGAGGAUGGCAUGAAGAGCACGUUGCCAGACUCCCUGCACAUUUUCAACGCCAUCAGUGGCACGCCCACUGGCACCACCAUCCAGGGCAUCCCUAGCUCCUCCUCAGUGGUGUGAGGCGACCACUUCCCACCCCACCCCCCUCCCCCACAGAGAGAGGCUGGUGGGACACUCACCCCCCACCCACAAACACAAACUUUCCCCUUUCUUCUGCACCCUCAGGUCACCUGCUGCUGAUUUCAGUAGUCUGCUAGUUUUGGAGGAAACCCUGGACACAAGGAGGCGAUGUGAUUGGUCAGACCACAAUGCUGGUCUGUGUUUUAUCUGUCCAAUGCCAGUAUACAGAGAACUCCCUACGUGCUGGAUGUGCACAGUGAUGAUGUUCACCCAGGAAGAGCCAGAGGUGAAGGGGCAGCAAACAGAACAAAAGCAAGGCGAUUUUUAAAUGCUGACUGUUGUGAUCCAUACCUUCUCCAUCUCAGAAUGUAUCUGUAUGGGUUUUUUAUGUAGUGUUUCCUGUGGAGACGCCCUUAUGGGGAUUCUUAUGGAAAAAGAUCCCUUUUUACUUUUAAUUUAGUCACCUGGAUCAAUCUGGUAGAUAUUCGUUUUAUGUUUGUUUUUAUUUACAGCUUAUGAACGGUCAAUUAUUUUGUGUACAGUAUUCUAGUGUAUGAUAAAUGUCUGUUCUGGACACAAAUAGCCCUUCUUGAGGGUGUCAAUGAAUGAUGUUUGUUGCAGACAUUGCAUUGGCACUCUGCACAUGAAGGCUUGUUAUAUUCCUACACAAAUGCAUCUUAUUUUUAAAAAGAUUCUCCCAUAAAAGCUUAUGUCUUGUGCUCUGAAUAUGUCCGCGUCUUACACGGAGCAUGAGACUGUUUAAAGAAAACAUCUAAAGCAAUUGCACACAUGUAGUCCCCAGGUUUUAUCCCUGUACAUAAGAAAGGAGUGCAAUAUGUAGUCUUUUAUUCGAGGUGUGUUGCUGUAUUCGGUUCAUACACUGUACAGAUGACAUUCAUCCUUCUUGCCAAAGCAAUGGGGUAUGGAACCAGUAACAGUGCGUUGUGUGGAAGAGGCGGUUGUAAUAUGAAGCUUUUACCAUUUUGAUGUUUAAUUUUUAUUGAGAUCAUUUUAUAAAUGGGAAGUAAAGGGUUUUAAAUUUUUAUUUAAUAUAAAGUCGCUGUUCUGUAUUUAAAUGUAAAUCUUCCCUAAUGCUUAUCUUUUAAUUAAAAUUUGCUCAUUUCUCAGCACACUUCUGCUUUGCAAGUUCUUAUUUACUUGUUUAUUUUUAGUUUUUUUUAUGCUGUAAUUUUUACAGAACUGUCACAAAGAUGCUUCAGAGAGUAAUAAAUGGAAAAUUGUUCAGAACUUAA